GGUAACAUAUUAGAGGAUUUUUUGAGUCAAAGGUUUGGAGAAAAUUCUUAUGAACUUGUUGAUUCAAUCCUUGUGCGGUCCAAGAAGGAUUCUGCUCUUAGCAGGUUCAAUUCUGUAGAAAAUGGGCGAUUUGUAUUAUUAUUAGAAAAUCGUGCUUGUAAACCAAGCAUUAAACUGUCUUCUGUGGAUAAUGUCAUCAUAUAUGGUAGUGAUACUAAUCCAUCAAAUGACUUGAAGCUUCUGGAAAAAAUGUCUUUUCACUCCACGACAAAAGAAAUAAAAGUUUUUCGGUUAUAUUCAUGUUUUACGGUGGAGGAGCAAGCACUUGCCAUUGCAAAGAAAGAAACUGAUCACUCCUAUAGUCUAAACCGGAAUCUGAAUGACACUCUCAGAUGGGGGGCAGCAGAUUUGUUCUGUAGAUUGGAUGAGUACAAUGCAAAUGAAAGCCAUCUAUCAUCUGGGCAGUUGCUUCUUAGUGUUGCCCUUAAAGAAUUCUGCGCCGUAAUUUCUGAAACCCCUGAAAAAGCUGGCAUAAGCGGUUCUCUUAUUGCAAAAGUUCCACAUAGUUCUUCACAUUUGACUACAAAUCUUUCACUAUUUGGGAAGCAGAGAGUUAAUGGUACUGGUGAAGAACCUUGUGUCUUUUGGAAGAGUUUGUUGGGGGUAAGAAGUCCUCAGUGGAGACAUAUAAGAUGUAGAAGUCCAAGGAGUAGAAAGAGAGGUCAAUUUUUUGGUAAAUCAGAUCAAACACCAGAAAUUGCAGGUAAUGUAGUAAAGAAGUAUAAGAUGAUGAACAGUGAAAGAGGUCAAAUUCCUGCUUCAAAGGAAGGGCCCUCUGCUAUUAGUUCUUCCAACUUGUCAUUGCCAGCAUCUACUAACGGAAACAAUGGACUUACUGUGAUGGAUUCUUCUAGUUCAUUAUGUGGCGGCAUUACACAAGAGGAGCCUGCAGAAAUAAUGACAUUAUCUGAUAAACAGAGUAGUCUUCAUAUUCUUCUGAAGGCAGAGAUGGAAAAAGUUUUUGAAGUGCUAAAACUUCCGGACGAUGUCAAAAAAAUGGCUGCACAAUUUCUAGAGUAUGUCAUUAAGAAUCACCGCAUUAGUCGAGAACGGGUGAUGGCAGUGAACAUAUUUCAAGCCUUCCAAAUAUCUAUGUGCUGGAUGGCAGGUAAAUUGUUGAAGCAAAAAGUUGACAAGGAUGAGAUGCUUGAGCUAACCAAAGAGCGUCUGAAGUUUAAAUGCACUAAAGAGGAAGCAACUGCUGUUUAUCAGAGAUUUAGGGCACUGAAGAAAUUAUUUUUGCAAAACAUGAAGAGAAAUGAGCAGUCUGGGAAUGUUUCGGAGCAUUGUGAAGCAGAUAAGAAUGGUGACGCUUGCAAGAAUCUGGUUCAACCACCUUUAGAAGAACAUAUUACUGAUGAGAUCUUGUUAGUUGAACAACCUAAGGAUUUUGGGGUGGGAUAUGAUCAUCUAGCAGAAGUACAGGAAGAUGCUCUAAAUGUAGUUGUGGGGUUUGAACAUUAUGUGGAAGAAAAUACUGUAAAUAAGUAUAAUAUGAUAAAUAUGGGAGGCAACCAGAAAGACAUUGCUAGUAACUGGGAUGGUGUAAACCAGACAUCCGACAAAGUUGCUUCUUCAGAUGAUGAUGUUUUGCCCCCUCAAAAUCAAUGUAGUAGGGCUCAUUCAUCAGAGAACCAAGGUACAUCACAUAUUGAAGCUGGAUUUGCGGGGCCUUUUAUUGCUACGAGACAUGAAAUGCCUAAUUCCGAAGCUGUGGUGGCCAAAAAUUGUGAACCUCAACAUGCUACUAAUGCUAACGGCCACUCUAUACAUGGUGAAGUUGCAUAUCUGAGCUGUGUUCAAGAGGAUUAUGACUUACAAACCUCCAGAGCUUCCCAGUCGAUUGAGACUGGAACAUCAACACAAGCUUCACAUGAUGGUGAUUCACGUUCACGAGAUCCUCUUCACAAUGAAUUUGAUAGGAUACGUGGAGAAAUGGUGCAUGCUGCCAAGAAUCAAGAAGAUUUGAGAACCAAGCUUAAAUCUGAUUGUGAAAAGGAGAUCCAGGAAACAGUUGCAGAAAUUCGUAACAGAUACAAUGCCAGACUUCAGGAAUCCGAGACGAAAUAUUCACUCAGAAAGAGCGAACUUGGUGGGAAUAUGAAAAAAGUUCUUUUGAACAAGUUAUUGGCUGAUACUUUCAGAAUAAAAUGCGAGGAGGAUCUCAGGCCUUCAAGGAUUGUGACUAUGUGGCAAGCAAUACCUACCAGUUUUAUGCAGCACUUACAUCAAUUAUCAGUGCAGCCGACAUUACAAUCUGCCUACCUCACUGGCUUCUCUUCACCCGGAUGGCAAACUUCAGUACCGGCUAGUGUGAGGCCACCAACAACUGCUUCCCCUUCUGCUGAGGAGCAAACUUCAAUAUCAGAAACUAUGAGAGUGCCAUCCCAUUCUUUGCCCUCAGGUGGUCAAGAAUCAGCUACUGCCCCAUAUGCAGUUGGAUCCCCAAGAAGAUUACCACCAUCAUCAAUUUAUUUGCCUCCAGCUAGACAGCAAAAUUUUUCGAUAGUUCAGUCGCGAACACCAACAAUUGCCUCACCUUCUGCCGGAGAGCAAACUUCAAUAUCAGAAACUACGAGAGUGCCAAUUCAUUCUUUGCCCUCAGGUGGUCAAGAAUCAGCCACUGCUCCUUCUGCAGUUGAAUCCCCAAGAAGACCACCACCGCCACCAUCAACAGUUCAGUCGCGGUCACCAUCAAUUGCUUCUUCUUCUUCUGCUGGAGAGCAAACUCCAGCCUCGGCAACUACAAAACCACCAUCCUUUUCCUUGUGUUCAGGCGGACAGCAAUUAGCUACUAGCCAGCCAGCCAUGUUCAAUUCUGCUACAGUUGACGAAUCAUCAAGAAGACCAUCACGGUUUUGGUCCCUUCCAGCUAGGCAGCGAAACUCUUCCAUGGUUUGGACGAGAUCGCCACUAAAUGCUUCAUCUUCUGCUGGAGAGCCAACUUCAACACCUGCAAUUACAAGACCGACAUCCUUUUCUUUGUCUUCCGGUGGACAGCAAUUAGCUACUAGCCAGCCAACUCUGUCCAAAUCUGCUACAGUUGACGAAUCACCAAGAAGACCAACACCACCACCAACAAUUGCUCUGCCUCAAGCUAGCAGCCAGCAAUCUUCAUCAGCAGUUUGGUCGCAAUCACCAUCAAUUGCUUUGUCUCUCGGCGGACAACCUGUGGCUGGCCAACAGACUCCAGUUUCUUCAAGAUGCUCCAUGUUUGGUAAAUCCUCUAGGGCUUCUAACAACCCACCAGUUAUCUGUUCCAUUACACCUUCCUCCGGUAACCUACGAAGAGGGGAUAUCCGGGCUCCAGCGCCCCACCUCCAAUCUUUCAAGCCCUCAAGAUUUUCCUUGGCUUCUUCUAACUUUCCCCCUUCAGAUCCGCCCUCACUCAACCAUGACCUGCCUCUUCCUUCGGCAGAUUCUUCUCAAAGUUCACAACCCAAGGAGCACGCUGAACCCAAUAACAGAACAUCGUUACAGAGCGCUAAUGUUUCUGCAAUGGAGUUGCUCAGAAAUCUUGAGGAUUCUCUCGGAAGGCUUUCCGCAGUCCAGCAAAAACAGAGCGGUAGACAAGGUUUUUGUGCAGCCACUAACUCUCUAUCUCCAUCGUCAUCUACGAGCUCACCAAACCAUUCUCCAUGUCAGACGAAAAAUUUUGAGUCUUCUAGCUUGUCACAAGACAAGGAGCAGCAACUGCCUCCAGCUGGAACAGAUGACAACAACCAUGAUCCAAAAGCUGUUCCCUUUUCUGAGUUGCUCAGGAAUCUUGACAACCUAGCUUGUCUAAACCAGUCAACAAAUGGUUUGCCUUCCUUGCCAAAAACUAACCAUGGAACAGAAGGGAGUAGUAUACAAGAAGGUUCUUCCUCUGCACCCCCAUCAACUGAUGUUGUUUGUCUGUCUACUAACGAAGAAUGAAGUUUGUAUAUUUCUCCCCAUAGUUUUGCUGGCCUAAGUUCUUAUGCUUAUC